UAAAUACAGAAGCAGCAUCUUCAGAAAAAUAAAACAUAGCUAGCUACAUACACACUCUAGCUAGCGACAAUGGCAGGCCAGGAAGAUCCUGUUCAGAGAGAGAUACACCAGGAUUGGGCAAAUCGAGAAUAUAUUGAAGUAAUCACUAGCAGCAUCAAGAAAAUAGCAGAUUUUCUCAAUUCUUUUGAUAUGUCCUGCCGGUCCCGUUUGGCCACUCUCAAUGAAAAGUUGACUGCACUGGAAAGGAGAAUUGAAUACAUUGAGGCCAGGGUCACAAAGGGAGAGACUUUGACCUAAAUCAAGAUGUCGUGAUGGACUGGGUGUUGUGGCCUGGCAGAGGAUUGGCGCCUACAUGUGUCCACUUCCAUAAUGUUUAUCCUUUUUUAACUAUGUAUUUUUACAGUUUUGUAUGCUGUCAAACUGCGCAACACCUCCUCACAUUCUUUAAUGAAUCUUUGGGGCCACGGCAACUGGUUAGGGAACAUUAUAUAGCGUAAUAGUUUCAAUAUCUUAUUAAUUAUAAAUAACAAAUUCAGGCACGCAUUUAGGUAUAAAACAAUACAAAGGUGUUAACUUUAAUUUCUAUUGUAUGACAAGUCUUUGGACAGUGAGACUGUACUUACUGUAAUGUUAUCACAAAUGAACAUAACUACAUGAGACGUCUAUAAAAAAGUAUAUAUAUGAAACUCAUACGAUCUUAUAGCAACGUUUGGGGUCACCAUUCAGUUCAUGCUUAAGUGAUUAUGUGAGGUUUUCCAUCUUAUAUUGUGAAGCAACUAUGUCAUUCAAUCCAUGAACAGAUACCCUUCCUCUUAACAGUUUAAAGAUAAUGUGGGCCACAGGGAGAGGAAGUGCCAAAUCUUUUAGUCAGCUCUUCAACUGUGGAAAUUCUGCUUAUCUGUUCCCCCCCCCCCCCCCCCCGUGUGUGCUUGUAAAAUAAUUGUAUUUUCAGUUUUUUUCCCUCCAAAUGUAAUAAACUUAUUUUAAAAUUCA